ACUUUCCAAUCUAUUUCCUUUUUCCACCAUCAACACCUCUUUUUUCUCUUUGUUACUUCAAUAAACAAUAAAAAAAAUAUUAGUCUAGGAAAUUCACCUUGACUUUGUAACACCCUUUUCUCCUAUAUCCUUCAUAUAUAAAUACUUAACCAAGUUGUAACUUUUUUAAUCAUAAAUAUUCAUCAAACAUCUAAAAACACUAUUUUCUUUAUUCUCUCUCUCUCUUUUUGUUUGUUAUGAUGAUGAAAAGUGAGAUAAACAUGCUUGGUGUUAACAACCAUAUGAUGAAGGGGAAAAGGCAGAGCAAAAAAAGCAAAAAAGAGGUAAAAGUUACUUAUAUUUCAAGCCCUAUGAAGGUGAAAACUAGUGCUUCAAACUUUAGAGCACUUGUGCAAGAACUCACUGGUCAAGAUUCCAAUGUUGCUGAAAUGUUUGUGGAAGUUAAUGAUAGAAGUGUUCAUGUUGAUGAUGUUCAAAAUCAUGACAAAGGUUCAACUCAACAACAAUGGAGUAGUGAUAAUUCUAGUGAAGCCUAUAUGCAAGAGGACUCUACUUGGAUGAAACUUGAUGAAGAUUACAAUUUGAUACCCUCAAUGGAGGCAUUAAAUGGACACCUUCAAUAUGAUUUUUUGAGUUUUGAUAUGAUAUAGAUAUAUGGUGAAAUGUAAACAUGUAUAUAAAAUAUACAAUAGAAGCAAUAGAAGCAUAUGAGAUUGGGCUUGGAUCUACUACUACAGUAGUAGUACGAGGUAACAACUAUGAGGACUAUUAAAUUUAAAGGGAUACAAUUUUUCUCUAUAGAUUUAACAGUUCACAAAGUUGUUGCAUCGUACAACCAUUAAAGAGAAUUUAUGUACUAUGAGAUUAGGCAAUAUUUGACUAUACGGUCAAAAUUGAUUUUCUCUAUAAUUUUGUAUGAGAUAUUGCUACUGGUAAAAAAGAUCAAGAGCAUGGAUACGAUGACAAUAAGAAUACAUGAUUUUUUAAUUAAUAGUUAAGAUUAUUUAUUUUAUCAUUUAAAUUAAUUAGUUGUGUUCAAAGGAUUAGAGAAUAGUUUGUUAAUUAUCUUUUGGUUUUUAUUUUUCCUUUCUUAUUUAACCCAUUGGUAAAAAAGAGUAAAAUUCGUUUAAGAUUAUAAGAUUAUGAAAGAUUAGAUGUUCUGAAAUGCAAAAGCAGUAGCAUGACUAGAUGCAAAACAUGUAAUAUAUAUUAAUUAACAUUGAGAGAGAUAUUGCUACUUUAA